GUAAUCCCCAGCCAUUGAGCAUCCCCUUUUUAGAAAGACUGAGUCUCUCCCAGGACAGCUGCUGCGGUCACACCACAAACUUAAAAGCCGUCCUCCGGCUCGGAGCGUGCCUUUCCUCGCCGCCCCAGCCGCCUCCCCGAAGCCCCAGCUGGUGCCUGGAGCCUGGUGCCUGGUGCCUGGUGCCUGGUGCCUGGCUCCGGGCCGGUGCGGCGCGUGGCUCGGGGGCCGGCAGCGCCCCCUGCCUCCCGGCCGGUCCUCCGCGGCCGCAGCGCCGCUCCCUCCGCCAGGGCCGCCGGGCUCCGCUCCGCCAGGGCGGCCGCUCCGGGGAUCCGCCGGCCCGGGGCACCUCCCCGCCCGCAGCCCGCAGCCCGCAGCCCGCCCCCCGGUGCCCGGAGGGACAUCCGCCGGGUAGAGAGAGGGCCGGGGGCGCCCGCGGCAGCUUGUUUCCACUGUUUCAAAGAGAACAUUGUUUUCAUCAUGAAUGCUAAUAAAGAUGAGAGACCAAAGUCCAAAAGCUACUAUUUUUACUUUUUUCAUGCGUUGAUGAUGCUAAGCAUGACCAUGCUGUUUCUUCCGGUCAUUGGAACUUCUAAGCAAAAUAUUCCACGGCUCAAGCUAACCUACAAAGACUUGCUGCUUUCAAAUAGCUGCAUUCCCUUCCUGGGUUCAUCAGAAGGACUGGAUUUCCAAACAAUUCUGUUAGAUGAGGAGAGGAGCAGGCUGCUGCUGGGAGCCAAGGACCAUAUCUUCCUGCUCAAUCUGGUUGACUUAAACAAAAGUUUCAAGAAGAUUUAUUGGCCGGCUGCAAAGGAGCGGGUGGAAUUAUGUAAAUUAGCUGGGAAAGAUGCCAAUACAGAAUGUGCAAAUUUCAUUCGAGUACUUCAACCCUAUAAUAAAACUCACAUUUAUGUGUGCGGAACUGGAGCAUUUCAUCCAAUAUGUGGAUAUAUUGAUCUUGGAGUCUACAAAGAGGAAGUUAUGUUCAAACUAGACACACACAAUUUGGAGUCCGGCAGACUGAAAUGUCCUUUUGAUCCUCAACAGCCUUUUGCUUCAGUAAUGACAGAUGAAUACCUCUACUCUGGAACAGCUUCUGAUUUCCUUGGCAAAGAUACCGCAUUCACGCGGUCCCUCGGGCCUACUCAAGACCAUCAUUACAUCAGAACUGACAUUUCAGAGCACUACUGGCUCAAUGGUGCCAAAUUUAUUGGGACUUUCCCCAUACCAGACACCUAUAAUCCAGAUGAUGAUAAGAUAUAUUUCUUCUUUCGUGAAUCAUCUCAAGAAGGCAGUACUUCAGAUAAGAUGAUUCUUUCUCGAGUUGGAAGAGUUUGUAAGAAUGAUGUAGGAGGACAACGCAGCCUGAUAAACAAGUGGACUACUUUUCUUAAGGCCAGAUUGAUUUGCUCAAUUCCUGGAAGUGAUGGGGCAGAUACUCAUUUUGAUGAGCUCCAAGAUAUUUACUUACUCCCCACAAGAGAUGAAAGGAACCCUGUAGUAUAUGGAGUCUUUACCACAACCAGCUCCAUCUUCAAAGGCUCUGCUGUUUGUGUGUAUAGCAUGGCUGACAUCAGAGCGGUUUUUAAUGGCCCAUAUGCUCAUAAGGAAAGUGCAGACCAUCGCUGGGUGCAGUAUGAUGGAAGGAUUCCUUACCCCAGACCUGGAACUUGUCCAAGCAAAACCUAUGACCCACUGAUCAAAUCCACCCGAGAUUUUCCGGAUGACGUCAUCAGUUUCAUCAAGCGGCACCCUGUGAUGUAUAAGUCAGUAUAUCCAGUUGCAGGAGGACCAACAUUCAAGCGAAUCAAUGUGGAUUACAGGCUGACACAGAUUGUGGUGGAUCACGUGGUGGCAGAAGAUGGCCAGUAUGAUGUAAUGUUUCUUGGAACAGACAUUGGAACGGUCCUAAAAGUUGUUAGCAUUUCAAAGGAGAAGUGGAAUAUGGAAGAAGUAGUACUGGAGGAGUUGCAGGUAUUCAAGCACUCAUCAAUCAUCUUGAACAUGGAGUUGUCUCUGAAACAGCAACAAUUGUACAUUGGUUCCCGAGAUGGAUUGGUUCAGCUCUCACUGCACAGAUGUGACACUUAUGGGAAAGCUUGUGCAGACUGUUGUCUCGCCAGAGACCCCUACUGUGCCUGGGAUGGAACUUCAUGUUCUCGAUAUACACCCACUUCAAAAAGGCGAGCUAGACGCCAAGAUGUCAAGUAUGGAGACCCAAUCACCCAGUGCUGGGACAUAGAAGAGAGCAUUACUCAUGAAGCUGCUGAUGAAAAGGUGAUUUUUGGCAUUGAAUUUAAUUCAACUUUUCUGGAAUGUAUACCUAAAUCCCAACAAGCAUCUAUUAAGUGGUAUAUCCAGCGGGCAGGAGAGGAACACCGAGAGGAGCUGAAACCCGAUGAAAGGAUCAUCAAAACAGACUACGGGCUACUGAUCCGGAGCCUGCAGAAGAAGGACUCUGGGAUGUACUCCUGCAAAGCGCAGGAGCACACGUUCAUCCACACCGUGGUGAAGCUGACCCUGAACGUCAUUGAGCACGAGCAGAUGGAGAACACGCAGAGGGCGGAGCACGAGGAGGGGCAGGUCAAGGACUUGCUGGCCGAGUCGCGGCUGAGAUACAAAGACUAUAUCCAGAUCCUCAGCAGCCCCAACUUCAGCCUGGACCAGUACUGCGAGCAGAUGUGGCACCGGGAGAAGCGGCGGCAGCGCAACAAGGGCGCCCCCAAGUGGAAGCACAUGCAGGAGAUGAAGAAGAAGCGGAACCGGAGGCAUCACCACCACGGAGAGGGGCUGCCCAGGGCGGUGGCCACGUAGCUUCCCGCUUAAUUUAAAGAAAAGAGUCCUUUCCCUGCCAAAAAUACUGUCUCCUGCGUGUACAUCCUUGAUAAGAACUCCUAAGAGUCUUCCAUGGUGUCUUGUUAAGGCACACACAAAAAAACAAUCUAAGUAAGAUUGUGUGGUGACUGUAGCAAAGAAGAGCAAGAUAAGUCAUCUGACCCAGUUUUCCAAGAACUAAACUUGUACCUGCAGUGUACCCGAGUUAUCUGCAAACAUAGGGACUUCGCGUUUGUAAAUGGUUUGUGUUCUGAGUUGUUCCAUGUAUGAUGUUCUAUGUACAUAAGCGAGCUGAGCGCACACACAUCACGUGGGAUCCUGUACUAAGGCGCCUCAUUUCCCUUGCGUGGCCCUGUAGCCUAGGGCUGGCCAUGCUGUUGUGCUUUAUGUUCUUAGGAACAGACACAUCAUUCCACUCUAGGACGAGCUACUUUCCGGGAAGAAGUGGAGGGAAGAAGACACACGUUCAGGCCACUCACGUAGCAGCAGGAACUUCCCCAAUGAGCCACUCACUCUUGGUGCCUGGUUUAGGGAUUGGGAGAGAUGCAUUGGUUUUAUCAGACCACGGGGAUUACUUAGUGCACUGCAGCCCUGAGUUACUGAAGGCUGUAAGUGUUCCUCCAGGAUUCCUUAGGGCUGACCAGGAGAAGCAGGCUCACAGCGAGACCUUGGUGCUCGGUUAUGUGAUUUUAGAUGAAACGCUGAGCUUUACAGGGGCAGAAUGCUUAGUGCAUAUUUAAGUAAGAUAUGGGAAAACAUUUAAAUAAAAUAAGGGAAACAUCAUGACGUACCCUGCAUCCUAAUGGGGAGGCAUACAGAUGGGAUUUGUUAGGAGACAGAAGGAAAGACAGCCAUAAAUUCUGACUUUGGGGGAAACUCAUAGCCCCAUAAAAAGGAAGAACAGUCACAAAUAAAGUGGGUGAAAUGCAAUGUAGUUUUAUUCACCAGAGUAUAAGUAGCUGCCAAUUUAUAAUACAUCUGCUAAAAAAUUCUAGAUUUUAUA